CGGAGUGGCCACCCUCGCUCCCGGCAGGUGCUGAACGAGGCGGUGGGGGCGCUGAUGUAUCACACCAUCACGCUGACUAGGGAGGACCUGGAGAAGUUCAAAGCUCUGCGCAUCAUCGUCAGGAUCGGCAGUGGUUUUGACAACAUCGACAUCAAGUCGGCCGGGGACUUAGGCAUCGCUGUCUGCAACGUGCCGGCGGCGUCUGUCGAGGAGACCGCCGACUCCACCAUGUGCCACAUCCUCAACCUGUAUCGCAGGACCACGUGGCUGCACCAGGCGCUGCGGGAGGGCACGCGGGUCCAGAGCGUCGAGCAGAUCCGGGAGGUGGCUUCCGGAGCCGCCAGGAUCCGCGGGGAGACCUUGGGCAUCAUAGGACUGGGUCGUGUGGGGCAGGCGGUGGCGCUCCGGGCCAAGGCCUUCGGUUUCAACGUGCUCUUCUAUGACCCGUACCUGGCGGAUGGCACCGAGCGGGCGCUGGGCCUGCAGCGGGUGAGCACCCUGCAGGACCUGCUCUUCCACAGCGACUGCGUCACUCUGCACUGCGGCCUCAACGAGCACAACCACCACCUCAUCAACGACUUCACCGUCAAGCAGAUGCGACAAGGCGCCUUCCUGGUGAACACGGCGCGGGGCGGCCUGGUGGACGAGAAGGCCCUGGCCCAGGCUCUGAAGGAGGGGCGGAUUCGGGGCGCCGCCCUGGACGUGCACGAGUCCGAGCCCUUCAGCUUCAGCCAGGGCCCCCUGAAGGAUGCACCCAACCUGAUCUGCACCCCCCACGCGGCCUGGUACAGCGAGCAGGCGUCCAUCGAGAUGCGGGAGGAGGCAGCCCGGGAAAUCCGAAGAGCCAUCACAGGCCGCAUCCCCGACAGCCUGAAAAACUGCGUCAACAAGGACCACCUGACCGCCGCCACCCACUGGGCCAGCAUGGACCCAGCUGUCGUGCACCCUGAGCUCAACGGGGCCGCCUACAGGUACCCGCCGGGCGUGGUGGGCGUGGCCCCCAGCGGCAUCCCGACUGCCGUCGAAGGCAUUGUCCCCAGCGCCAUGUCCCUGUCCCACGGCCUGCCCCCCGUGUCCCACCCGCCCCACGCCCCUUCUCCCGGCCAAACCGUCAAGCCCGAGGCAGAUAGAGACCACGCGAGUGACCAGUUGUAGCCCGGGCGGAGCUCGACAGCCUCGGCGCGGGCAGGGCGGCGCCCCCGGACGGGCGUGUGCAGAGGCGGCCUGCGGGUGGCCACAGCGCUCCAGAGACUGUCCAGGCGCUGGCGGGGGCCAGGUGGCGCCGGCCUCCCCCGCCUCAGCUGUAGUUGCCCUGUCCCGGGGCCAGCCGCUGUCCUGUGUCCUUUGCGUCCUCGUUAAGCAGAAGAAGUUAGUAGUUAAUUCUAUCAUGAAUGUUCUUGUCUGUGUACAGUCUUUAGAACAUUUCAGAGGAUUUGUUUGCUUAGCUGUCAACAGAGAACCCUGAGGGAGCAUUCGGCAGGUCGGUCUCAGACUGUGUCCCGUGUGUGUUGGAACACGCCCCGAAACGAGGCAGUUGGCAAACUUCUCAGGACAACGAAUCCUUCCCGUUUUUCUUUCUACGCCACACAGUGCAUUGUUUUUUCUACCUGCUUGUCUUAUUUUUAGAAUAAUUUAGAAAAACAAAACAAAGGCUGUUUUUCCUAAUUUUGGCAUGAAUCCCCUUGUUCCAAACGAAGACGGCACCGCAGAGUGGCUGCGAGAGAACAGUGCACCUAGCCCUCCGCGCACGGCGGCCGUCGGCAUCUGUCCUGGGGAUGUGAGGGCGCAGCGUCCCGGCCUGCUCAGGUGCCGUCCUGCUGAUGUGGUAGGCUAGCAAUAUUUUGGUUAAAAUCAUGUUUGUGACUGUAACCAUUUGUAUGAAUUAUUUUAAAGAAAUAAAAAUCCCAGAAAGAACCGGCA